GAGAGGGAGGGAGGAGGGGGAGAAAGAGCGCGCGAGAGAGCGAGAGAGCGACGCGAGAGAAAGCGUCGGACACAGAAGAAGUAGGAAUGCCUGCCUGCUGAAGGGGCGUGUGCGUUCGUUCGAUUGCUGAGUCAUCGAAGGGCAAGCACGCGGCGGUAGAGUAACUUAGGCCGGGGAACAGGAGCAACAGGGCUGCUCUGUAGACCGCGGCUGCCGGAGCUGCCUGUGCCACCGAAGCGGACAGCAGCAGAUAGCAUGAGGCUUGGUGAGUGGACAACAGCAGUAAUCAUUGCUUCUUCACAAGUGAUGUCAUCGGCGGCCUUCCUCGCAACGCCGCCGCCUCCAAACGCCUUGCUGCUGCAGCGUCCCUCUCCUGCGGCAACAGCAUCUCCAUCUUCCACAAGAUCAGAAUUCCAACUGCAUGCCAUGGUGGAGGACAGCAUGUUGUCGCGGUCAGGCCUAAUGGCCGCCGGCUUGAAAGCGGCGGCCGCCGUGGCUGCCUCUGCUGCUGCUGGUGCCGCCGGCGUAUCACCCGCAUCCGCAGCUGGUGUGGAGCCGGAAGUCACGUCGAAGUGCUUCAUUGAGGUUCGAAUUAUGGAGCCCCUCAACGAAGCAAACGGCUACAGCAGCAAGAACGCCUUCAAGGGGAGGCUGGUGUUCGGAGUGUACGGGAAAGAGUCUCCAAAGGCGGCCGAGAACUUCUUGCGCUACGUGCGGGCGGAUCGAUCGAACGGGGAACCUUCUUACGCUUCGGGGCAGCUAACCAAGAUGGAGCCUGGCGUCUUUCUAGAGGGCGGAAAGAUUGCCGGUCUGAACAUCAUCAACAUCGGGGGGCAAGAAGAGCUGGAGUAUGGUGGGGAAGUCGUAGCCCCCCUCCCGUCCCUGCUGGAGGCGUCCUCGAACAACCGGCCCCACGACCGGCGGGGUUUGCUAACGAGGGACAGGCUUUCGCGGGGGCCGGAGUUCGGGAUAACUCUCGGGGCGGCCCCGGCUUUGGACGGCAGCCACGAGGUCUUCGGCAGGCUGCUGCAGGGAGAAGAUGUGCUGGCGAGGCUAGAGAAAGUUCCGGUGUACGGCGGCCAAAGCAGACUAGAGGAGGGAAGUUUAGCGUCCGACGCCUUCAAGGCUCAGAACCGCGCCUUGGUGUAUAUUGGAAAGAACGUUUUCAGAGACGAACGCGCGGUGGACCGCACAGGCUCUCUUAUGCGAAGAGUGGACAUCCUCAGUUGCGGGAUGUUGUGAGAGGAGAGAGAGAGAGAGAGAGAGAGAGAGAUUCUAGAAGAGACUUCAUUACGUGAACGGUACUGCUGUUUAUUUGGUGAAGGCGUCGGCGUUGGGUUCGCGUGCGAAGAGUGCUCAAAUCUUUCCGCUGUGGCUGUGGCUGGGUUACUGCUGUAUCCAAUGUAGCUUACAACGUGAUGAUAGAAAAUGUGAUGUCGUGACGUGCUCCUCUACGGGAUGUUGUGGCUGCGGGUGCUGAAAUCAGUGAGUUAAACAUUUAACACAUGUCCUCGAGACGACGGCGGGGGUGGCUGGGGGGGGGGCGAACUUCUUCUUAUCGCGAGUUCAGCACUUCCCCCGAUUGAUUGUGGGAGCUAAGUUUUUCACCCAUAAUGUUAUGUGCCAUCGACCCGACAUUUUGGAAACCGCCCGGACGGAAAUAGUCUAAAUGAUGAGUGACGCUCUGCGGGUGCGUUUGUUUGCUUUGUUUUCCUUCAAGAGCCCAAAAAACACGGUGAAUUUUCAUCGCGUCAUUGGUGCAUGAUGCUUAGGAAAAGCUUCUGAAGCAAACAUUAGCGGUGAAUCGGCUUACAAUUUCCACGCUGGAGUCGAAAUAUUGCAGUCAGUUAAACUUAGGCAGGAUGAGAAACGGUGACCGAACCUGACCGGUACAACCGCCAAACCGACGCAACAUUGAAGACAGACAGUAGAUGUCGGCAACCCAGCAGUAUAUCUACCGUAUAUGAUGAAGUGUAUGCAUGUUGUGUGGAUCGGUUGGGAUUUUGUUUUUUUGUGUUUUCGAACAGAUACACGGCCCAGGGCUCACGCGUGCGACCGCGGUAAUGUACGGGAUACUUCACUCUCUGCCGACAAUACGUACCCAAACACCAGUCCAUUUUUUAUUUUAUUUUUUUAAAGGUGUACCCUCCCCGGCCUACGGGGGGCAAUUGGCUUGUGACCACGGAAGGCGUCCGCGUCAGUUGGACCAGUACGGACACCAGAAGGUAUGAGUGGAGACCUGAACGGGUUUUCAAUGUGAAGACAACAACAGCAACAAACACCCAAAACGUGCGUGGGCGAUCGGGCGCGCACCUCCUCGUUCCGCAGACCGUACUGUUUCCUCAAAACCCCUCCCUCGUUCCAAUAUCCAUAAAUGACAAUCACGGAGCCCCCGAGCGCGACGUUGUCUCUCUGCUCUGGCAGCCACUUGCGGAGAUAACAGCCAGCAGCAGCGAAACAACCAGAAAGAAGAAACCAGGGAGCGAGUAGACAAGGUAGAGGGCACAGACGAAUAGACCCACAGAUCGCUGGGGCGAGGAGCCAAGGAAGCUGCAAAGGGGAAAAAGCUUCCUGCGAGAGUUCAGGCGAUCCCGACAAAUACGGUGGGCGCUGUGCUGCCAGUUUCGGUAGGCAGGGGGGUGGUAUCCAACGUACAGAUCGGCAACCGGGGGCGCGGUGUGUUCUCUGCUGGAGCAAACUCGUUACUGUAGUAAGCGUAAGGCGAGAUAUACUCCAUACACACCGGGCCUGCGUGCCGGAGGUUCGCUUGCUCCUGCUACUGGGUGAAGAGAGGGUAGGAGUG